AUGAGACUCGACAAAUUUCCAAAAGAACAACUCACCUUCGGCACACCCACACCAAUCCAACACCUGCCUCGACUAUCUGAGGCUCUAGGCAACAAAGUCCAGAUCUACGCCAAACGUGAAGACUGCAACUCCGGCCUCGCAUUCGGCGGCAACAAGACCAGAAAACUCGAAUAUGUGAUUCCCGAAGCCAUCUCUGGCGGCUACGAUACUUUGGUCUCUAUUGGCGGUGUGCAAUCAAACCAGACCCGUCAGGUUGCCGCUGUAGCUGCUAAGCUGGGCAUGAAAUGUGUUCUGGUGCAGGAGAAUUGGGUCAACUACAAUGACUCUGUGUAUGACCGUGUUGGCAACAUUGAGCUGAGUAGAAUCCUGGGUGCAGAUGUGCGACUCAACGAGGCUGGAUUCGACAUUGGUAUCAGACCUUCAUGGGAAGAAGCCAUGCAGGAGAUCAAGGAUAAAGGCGGAAAGCCAUAUCCCAUUCCUGCUGGUUGUUCAGAGCACAAGUACGGAGGUCUUGGUUUCGUUGGAUUCGCUCAGGAAGUCAUGGAGCAGGAGAAACAGCUGGGUUUCAAGUUCGACUACGUGGUGGUGUGCGCUGUCACUGGAUCCACUCAGGCCGGUAUGGUUGUUGGAUUUGCCUCUGAUGGCAGAGCUCAGAAGGUGAUCGGUAUCGACGCAUCCGCAAAGCCCGAAAAGACCCACGCACAGAUCCUAAAGAUAGCCCAGAACACCGCAGAGCUUGUUGAGCUAGGUCGGGAGAUAACAGCUGAGGAUGUUGUUCUGGACACACGAUUUGGAGGACCGGAAUAUGGACUGCCAAACGAGGGAACGAUGGAAGCUAUCAGACUUACUGCCAGAACUGAGGUAAGUCAUACUGGAUAUCCGUCAUUUUUUACACAAACUAACGAGAAANNGGGCAUCUUGACUGACCCGGUUUAUGAGGGCAAGAGUAUGGACGGCUUGAUCCAGAUGGUCAAGAAGGGCGAGUUUCCAGAAGGUAGCAAGGUCUUGUAUGCACAUCUUGGUGGUGCACCCGCGUUGAGUGCAUAUGCUGGAAUCUUCAAACAGGGAUAG